AUGGACUCGAGUGCCAUGGAGAAUACAAUGGAUCGAAGGGCUGUCGACUUCUCCAUGCCGGGAUCAGCCACUCCAUUCAACUCUCAGCCUCAGCCUCAACCUCAAUCUCAAUCUCAAUCUCAACCACCAUCAUCAGACGAACAUGAAUCGACUCUCAACCUCGUCACCUGGGAUGGUCCAAAUGAUCCUGAAAAUCCUCAGAACUGGUCGCGACGGGAGAAGCUAUUACGCUCAUCAGCGCCGCUGGCAGUAAUCUUCCCGAUCGCAUUUGCAUCAAGUAUAUUCGGAUCGGCAGCGGACGUCACGGCUCACGAGUAUGGGGUCUCACAGGAAGUAAUGAGCUUAGGCGUUGCUCUCUUCGUAGCUGGGUUUGCCACCGGUCCUGUUGUAUUUGCCCCCAUGGCCGAGUUGGUGGGCUCCGCUCCAGUGCUGGCGAUUGCUUUGACCGGAUGCGCGAUCUUCCAGAUUCCGCUGGCUCUGGCGCAGUCGGUCACCACGAUCCUCGUAUGCCGAUUUCUAGCUGGAUUAUUGGGAAGUGGUGGACUCGCGGUGGGAUCGGGGAUUCUGGCAGAUGUCUUCGUCGGACCGACACGAGGUGUGGCGGUGGGAAUGUCGGCGAGUUGUAUGAACCUCGCUUCGACUAUUGCGCCCAUCGUCGGGGCUUUCAUCGUCGAUAAUGGCUCGUGGCGCUGGACGGCAUGGGUCACGCUGAUUCUCUGCGCCGUGGUCGGGUUCAUGUGUAUUUUCCUGCUGCGCGAAACAUCGCAUAACCAGAUUCUCAGGAAGCGCGCGGCUCGUCUGCGUCGUGAAACGGGCAACGAAAACUGGAAAUCUCGGAAUGAAAUGGUCUCCACGGAUUUGAAGGUAAUGCUGCGCAAAUACGGCACCAAGCCAGUGCGCAUGUUCGUGCGGGAGCCUAUCCUCAUCGUGAUGACGGUCUACUUGACACUUGUCUAUGGCUCGUCGUACCUUUCGUAUCAGCUCUUCCCCAAAGCCUUUGAGGACAGAGGCUGGAGCACGCCUAUUGCGAGUCUCCCAUUCAUCGCUGUCGGCAUCGGUGUCGUGGCAGCUGUCGGACUCUUUUCACUCUUCACCAUGACCUGGUAUAAGAAGCGAUGGGAUGCUUAUCAGACCGAAAAGGUCGAUGAAUCUCCCCGACCACCUCGCAUCACCCCGGAACAUCGACUGCCGCCUAUGAUCUUCGGUGCAGUGCUGCUUCCACCGGCAUUGUUGUGGUUUGGAUGGAGUGGCAAUGCCCACUGGUUAUGUCAGGUCAUUGCGUGUUUUGUGAUUGGGCUGGCCCUGCAAAUCAUCUUCAUCUCGGGUAUAGUCUUCAUCGUGGAUGUCUAUCUACUCAACACCGUGUCCGCAAUCAGUAUUCAUGUCAUGGUACGUUCCAUGGCCUCGGCCACGUUUCCUCUGUUUGAGGGACCGAUGUACAAAAGCUUGGGCAUCAACUGGUCGGCCACGCUGUUAGCCGGGUUAUCGGCGGUAAUCAUGGUCUCACCCAUCUUGUUCAUGGUAUAUGGAGCUCGCAUCCGGAGCUGGAGCCGGUUCUCUGUCGGUGACAUAUAG